CCGCUCCCAAGGUGACGUGCUCAGUCCUCCCGGUGAGAUAGGAGGUGAACCAGUUUAGGGCAGAGUCAGAGAGUCCAAUUGUAGAACGAAGACGAUGGAGUAGAAUGUCAUGGUCGACGGUGUCAAUCAGAGGGUGAAAAGAGGUGCUGCAGCACAUUAUGAGAAAAAUAAAGAGCUUUUUGAACAUUAAAGCAUGGAGACAUGUCCCAGUAGAGACACUAAAUACUGAUAUGACCCUGAAGAUGAGCAGAAGAGGGCCCAUUUAAAGCAGUGGCAUCUUAAGCUGUGAACACAUGUAUGUAGCUCUUCAAUAAAAUUGAAUCAAAUCUAGUAACUGGACUAUUAAAUAUAACUGGAUCUGUGAGCUCUUAGUGAGUACAUACAACAUGCCGGUGUGAUUUAAAACAGAGCAGAAGUAAAAGUGUUUCCCGUGUGCAGAGACCUGAUGUUCAACCAGCUGUACGACCGGCUGCUGGAAAACUCCGUUUCUAAGGGAGUCUUCCUGGAGGCCCUCGAGUCGUACAUCGUUGCCGACCGCCUGGGUCACCUCACCACACCCAUCAUGAGGGACCUCCUGGCCCAUUACCAUGGCAACGGUAUGAUGGACAGCCUGGAGAGAUGCAUUGUCCAUCUGGAUGUGACCAGCCUGGACAUACAGCAGGUGGUUCAAGUGUGUUGGGAGAACCAGCUCUAUGAUGCAAUGCUCUACGUCUUCAACAGCGGAAUGAAUGACUACAUAACCCCUAUGGAGAAACUUUUUGCAGUGAUUGGCCCACCACUUACAGAGGGGAGGGGCCUCACAGAUGAGGAAGUGGUGAUGGGAAACAAACUGUUGGUGUAUAUCAGCUGCUGUCUUGCAGGCAGGGCGUAUCCACUAGGAGACAUCCCUGAAGACCUGGUGGUUCAAGUCAAGAACCAGGUGUUUGAGUUUCUUAUCCGUCGGCAUUCAGGCGACUCGUUAGAAAAGGAGGAGCUCUUUCCUUUUAUACGUACUCUCCUCCACUUUGAUACCCGGGAGUUCCUCAAUGUCCUCGCAAUGAAUGUUUCUUCUGAAAGGCCCUCCAAAGGGUUUGAGCGUGACCUCGUGAACGUGAUUGAAUCUUCUUUCCCAGCAGCAGAAAGCAUUUCGAAUGGUGAAUGA